AUGCCUUUGCAGCCGUUUGAGAUUGGCAAAAAGCCAGACAUCCGCCUGGUUGUUUACGGAGAUACCAUUUAUAAGAUAAAAGUGACUUGCAGACAGUCUUCUGAUAGGUAAGCAAUCAUGAUUUUACUCAGGAACACAUUGACGUUUGUCUCUCAGCUAUGCAAUGCUCGUUGCAAAUGUCCGAAUUUACGAAUUUACAAGUGCCAUUGACAAGCUAAUUAACAAACGCAACUUGACAAAUGAAAAGAUCUUGCAGAGGUUUGGAUGAUCACAAGACACGGAGAACUCUUUACUGUGCUCUAGUAUUAAAGAUCAAUCAACUUUUGAAUACUGCUCUUUGAUAAUGGUCCACUCAACAACAAACAACAACAACAAAUUAAAAAGCAUUAAAAAGCAAAGAAAGGCUUCAGAAGAGUAAUACUUGUGAUUGUGGCCUUUUGUUUUCAGGAUUUAGCUUAAAGGAAAACCUGAGCAGGCUUAUAUACUACUGGUCUAGCCUGUUGUUUACUUAACCUGAAAAUUGUUUUCUGGUGCCAACCUUAGCAGUGAAACUGUUUUAGCCAUUUGUGAUCAAGUUCCUUUUUUAAAACAGUAAUUUUUUGUGCUUUUCUAACAAAACAGAGAGAGUAUUCGUAAAUUAUGCCAAGAAGAAAAGAACCAUAAAGAUUUGGAGGUUAGUCUAUAAGCAGUUAUGUCUUAAAUAUUUCAUUUGUGUGGCUUGUUUUAAAUUCUUAAACCAUACAAUCAGGGUCACGUCUGUUUUCCUAAAUAAGCUAGGAAGGUAGAAUGAAGAAUGGCAGUCAACUUUUUUGGGCUAUGUAAGCAAAAAAUUUUAAACUGAUUUUGUUUACAGUGUACCCUAGAAUUUACAUCCCUAGUGGUCCAAAAGUUGUGAUUCAUUAUUUGGAAUACAUGUAUAUAUAACUCAUUAGAAGCUGCAUUUUAUGUAAUAAUUGUUUAUGAUAAUAUUGUUUUAAUAUGUUUCCUGAGCAAGUGUUUUGUUUCUCCUGUUAGAGAGUUGUCUGUGCAAUAUUAAGUUCAGAUGAUCUAACACCUGUGCAGACAGACAGUUUUGUCAUCUAUCCAUGUAUCCUUUUUGUUAUUUUAUUAGCACUACUGUUUUGCCUAAAAUCUUAUGUUUUGACCACUCACCUAAAACUCUGUCAAGAGUGUAUUUAAACUCUCAACAAACAUUAACUACGUGUGUUUCACAGUGUGUUUCUGCAAAUUUCAUGGUGAAUUGUCGUCUCACUGUUUUGGGUUCCUGAUGAUGAGGGAUGGUGCAAUCUCACACCUCAGUUUAUCUAAUCAUCUAAAUUGCUUUAUCCAGAAUAAGUCUCAUAGUUGAAGGGGUGUGUGCCUUUUGUUUCUUUUUUAAUCAGAAAAGGUAGUUUCAUAACACCAAGAGUCACUUUCACACACCCCUUCAGUUAAAGUACCUAAUUUAAUCUAAGCAAUAAUAUAUUAGUCUGUUAAAGAGUCUCUUAAUGUUGUGAACCUGAUUUGAUACAUGAAUGUGUAACAAGAAUUAUUGGUUUCUAUGCCUCGACCAAUGAUAAUUUAAAAACUAACAAUUAUUUAAAUUUGAAAAGAAACUUGAUAAUCAUGUUAGACAGAACCCGUUGGGAGACCAGGGAAAAAAUCCUUUUUUCUCGACAUGGCCAGACACUUGAAGCGCACAAGUAUGCAUUCACCUUGUAUGUGGAAGAGAAGCAGGCAGGUCACAGACCUCAACUAGGUGUGUAGCAACCAUAGCUUUACUUCCAUCUGGUGGUAUUCGGCUGUCAAUAAAAUUGUAUAAUAAACCCUUCCACAGUUUUAUUUAACUUCUGACUUGAACCAGUUAAUGAAAAUCCAUCAGCAGGGCCAAUAAGAACGAGUCAAAAUUAAUAGAGAUGCCAAGUUUGAACGUGAUGUGUAUAUAAACUACAUUGUUUAAUGAAAGUCACCAAAUUUUGCAGACUUGUAUGGUGGCAGGCAAGUGCAUGCCACCCUUCAUAGAGACAUCACUCUGUAAAAUUUGGCAACUUUGUGAAGCAAUAUUCUCACUCACUUUACCAUAUAUUUACCUUUAAACUUGGUAAGUUUCCUAAUUUUAAGGCACUCUUUCAACAGUGUCAAUGGAUAUUUGCCAACUGGUCUUUAUCAAACCUUGAAAAAACUGUGAACGAGUCUAUUUGUUGUAAAUUUAUCAUCUCUGUCCAUAACUAUGUUUAUGUGUGGUUUGUAAUGUUGACAACUUUUAGGGAGAACUUCAGAGAAGGAUGAACAGUCAGAUGAAGCAAAAGAGGUACAAUUUUUUGUUAUUUUUCAUUAACUAGAACUUUCCUCUUCAUCCUCAUCUUCUUUGGAUUCUUGAACUGUAUUUAUCAGGCUUUUACUACUGACUUCUAUUUACUUUUCUUCAGUCUUACCACUCUCUAUCAGUUAUUAAAGUUACACUUAGUGGUGCGAUGCCAAAAUCAUGGUUUAAUGAAUUUAUGAUUAUAGAAACAGUUAGGCUUUUGAUUGUCAAAAUCACCUUCGAAACUAAGUGGAAAAAUCCAAGAUGAGCACAGCUCUAUUAUACAAUGUUCUUAAAUGAGACGAAACAGAAAAUUGAGCUGGAGUUGCAAGAAAUUGGAGUUUAGGAGAGCAAGAAGCAGAAUUUUUGUUAGCUGCCGCCUCUUCCUACAUCUUCAGGGUUACAAAGGGUUGUGGACUAGAAACUUGUGGUGAACUGACAGGUCAUCAAAAUUUAAGCUCUUCAAAUUUUCAUACUAGAUGCUAUUUCAGACUUCAGCUACCCCAAGUUUACCCAAGGCAGUCUAGUGUUUUCAGUGUAGCUAUUUAGCAAGAGUUAAAUCGUUUUAUGCAAGUUCCUAAGGAUUGACCUGACUUUCCCAUCCCUGAGUUAGAAUAAUCAAUUUUGGUCUUAACCAUUCGUCUGUAAUAUUCAAAGAUUUAACUGUGGUAUGUAAAGAUUGAUUUAAGACAUCAACUUUAGUGGUCUAGUAGGAAUUACCCUUCAUACUGCAAUUUCCCUUCGGUGUUUAAGCACAGUAAUUAACCAGUGUGUCCAAAUUUAAUGUGCUGCAGCCUGUCAAUGUUGCUGACGAGAGAAUGGAUAUGCCCCCUACGAGUUCAUCAACAGUGAAAGGUUGGUUGACUCUGCAAGUUAACCGAUAUAAUAUCAUAAUUAUUGUUGUAUUAUAUUCCUGACAGUCUGAAUCAAGCCCACAUUGUUUCUUGCUAGGUUUUUCCUUUUUUGGCUAGGCUGGUUCAUUCAAACCAAAAAAUUAUUGUAAUUGUAGGUGAUGAAACAAAAUACUUUCCAACAGUUACAAAUGACUUUUGGAACAUUCAAUCAGAAAAGAGAACUUGGUGUUUUCUACUUCUGCAACUGUAGAGGGCACAAAGAUGUUUCAUUGACAAAAAUCAAGAACAGUGCAUUAGAUCACAUUCACCUUAUCUGGAAAGGGUCAAGUUUCAAUGGCAAUCAAAUUCACAACUGUUUUAAAGUGGAAAGUAUGUGGGAGGUGUGAUAAUUUUUGACAUGCAUAGAGAAUUUUAUUUUUUGGAAGGUGAAAAGUGGUUUUCAAUUUUGUUGAUAUUACCAUAGUUAGUAUGAUAUUACGGUACGUUUGUCCAGCUGGAAUUAAGCUUUCUUGUUGCAAAACAACCAGGGAUUGUUUCUGUGUAAAUUUGUAUAUGAUUGAAUACUAGUGACUGAGUAUGGACAGAAGAAUCGACAUGAUGUUGAAGAGAAAGAUUUGAAAGAGUUUCUUAGGUUACAGAAGUUAGCAAGUGAAGAUGAUGAAGAACAAACAGAUGGUAAUUAUUUGCUGAUUGUUUAACUGUCUAAUACGAUCAUGCCAUAAGUCAAGAGAAUCCAAAUAGCAGGUCAAGCAACGUUUCAAAAAAAAAUCUUACCAAAAAGGAAUCAUAUGAAUCAUGGUAUUUUAAAAUAGUCACAACAUUUAUAGGAUCUCAUUAGGCUCGAUUACCAGCCGUUGUUCUGGAAAUGAGCUCGUGCCCCUCCCCCGAACAGACCGAGCCUGGGAUCUCACCUGCUUGACAGUUAGAAUAUCAAGGAUCUGACCUUACAUUUGACCUGGACGUAAAUGGAUACAUGCCCAUGAAAAUUUCCAUCAUUGCGGGAGGAAGGUACAAUGUAUGAGUCUUAACCUUUCCGUUUCGAAAAUUUUGAAAAUGUUUCUUUUUUUCUCUCUCUUUUCACAAAAUCAAUUAUAACGGUAAUUCAAUCAAUAUUCUAAGAUCUUUAUUUCUUUAAUUAGCACCAGCCGUAACCAUUAAAGCAGGUAGUGCUAUAGCUGAAAAACUUCUAUGUACCAGCAAUUUUUUUUCUGCAGAUUCUGAGCCACAAGAGGAAUCUCCCUCAGGACUUCAGAGAGUAUUCAAGUAAGAAAACUUCAAAUUUAAUUUAUAUCAAGUUAGUAAAACUUUGAUAUUAUAAUACAGUAGAACAAUACAAAAACUUUAAUUAAAAGAGGGAGAUGUGAUCACCUUUUCACAGUUUUCGAACUUGAGGCCCUUUAUAACAAAAUAAAUUAGAGGGAGAAUAUACAAAAAUAUGAUGAGAUGCUUUUGUUAUGUCAUUUCAGAGGCAACAUUUAGUAUAAAUUCCAAAUUAGUGAUCGUUCGACACAAAACGGUAGUCAAAUUUUUUUUUUUUCGUUUUACAGAGUUAUCUGGUUAUUAGUUGCGAAUUAGAUUCAUUUCAUAUUUUGUUUAUUUUUUCCAGUGCUUUGGUAUCCCCAGUUCGCACAUUCCUUGGACAGUGA